AUGGCAGAAUCAAGUUAUGCAACUAUGGCUAAUGAUCCAGUUGCUAUAAUUGGAUCCGAAUAUUGCACGCCGAACGAGGUUGAUGUUGUUAUAUCUAGGAAGGUGAAGACACUUAGAUAUGGAGAUUUUGUUGUUUCAGAUAUGAAUGGAAACUUCAAGUUCAAAGUUAAAGGCACAACUUUUGGAUGGCAUGAUAAGAGAGUUAUUCUUGAUGCUGCUGAUAAUCCCCUCAUCACUCUCAAACAAAAGAUAUUGACUGAGCACUCGAGAUGGAAUGCAUUUAAAGGAGAAAGCACAGAUGAGAAAGACUUUUUAUUUACUAUAAAGACAACAUCUAUAUUUCAAUGGAAGACCAAAUUGGCUGUUUUCUUAGCAAAUAACAAUUCCAAGGAAAAGAAUUGUGAUUAUUUGAUUAAGGGAAAUUGGUUUGAUAGAUCAUGUGUAAUAUAUGCUGGAGAUUCUUCUACCAUAGUUGCUCAGAUGCAUAAGAAAAUUACUGCUAAGAGCUUACUAAUUGGAAAAGACAAUUUUAUGGUGACAAUGUAUCCGAACAUUGAUCAAGCCUUCAUCGUCUCAUUAAUAGUAUUCCUUGAUGCUAUUUAUGCAUUCAACGAUGCUGCUGUUGCAGGUGCCCUUGCCGGUGCAGGUGCUUCUAUUGGUGCUAUUAGUUUCUAGGAAGUCAAAAGUGUUUAUUUUACAAAAUAAUAUUUUUUUCAAGCAUUAUUUAAUGU